CAAAACCAAAAUUUUAUUACAGAGAGCUAGGUUCCCAAUUGUUACUAAAUAUGCUUACUGACAAUUUAACGAAAGUUAUAUUGCGUAACAUCUUAUAUAUGUCUCGUCUCACGUGCCGGGUAUAAACCGGUGACCACCACAGGCCAGCUCCACCUCUGCACAAUGCAGCAGCAAGCUAACCACCAAGCUCUCCUUCUAAUUCCAAAAAUGGUGAAAAAGCCGCCUCUCAAAGCUCUCUCGCUCUUCAAUUCCUCAAUUGAGCAAGGCGUUCACCCAACCCACCAGUCCAUUGCUUUUAUUCUUCACCACCUUCUUAGCUCCAACAUGCUGUCCCACGCCCAAUCUUUCCUUCUUCAGUUGAUCUCUAAUAGGAUUUCCUCUCCUUUCUUCACUGUUUCAUCUCUUCUCCACCAUCUAACACAACCCAUCUCUCAUCCAAGCCCAAUAACGGGUGCCCUCCUCUAUGAAUCGAUCAUCAAUGCUUAUGUUCUAUCUCGCUCAACAGAGCGAGCUCUGUUCUAUUUCAAUCAAAUGGUUGAUAAAGGCCUUGUCCCUAGACCAAAUACUUUCAAUAAUCUUUUGGAUUAUCUUGUUAAAUCUAGCUGUUUUGAGAAGUCGUGGUUAUUUUUUCAUGAAUCAAAGGGAAAGAUUAAGUUGGAUGUGUAUAGUUAUGGGAUAAUGAUCAAGGGUUGUUGUGAGGCUGGUGAUUUAAAUAAAGGUUUUGAGCUAUUGGUUCAAUCAGAGGAGAUGGGAAUUUCCCCUAAUGUUGUCAUAUAUACUACCUUAAUCGAUGGCUGUUGUAAGAAUAAAGACGUGCAAAGAGCAAAACUGUUGUUUUAUAAAAUGGGAGAGCUGGGUUUGGCUGCUAAUCAGUAUACCUACACAGUUUUGAUCAAUGGGUUCUUUAAGAAGGGACUUAAAAAAGAUGGGUUUGAGUUAUACGAGAAGAUGCAGCUUGAUGGGGUGCUUCCUAAUUUAUAUACAUAUAAUUGCGUGAUCAAUGAGUAUUGCAAUGAAGGAAAGAUAAAUAAAGCUUAUGAACUGUUUGAUGAAAUGUGUAAGAGAGGGGUGACCUCUAAUGCUGUUACCUACAAUACCUUGAUUGGUGGGUUGUGUAGAGAGAAGAGGGUGUGGGAGGCUGAGAAUUUGGUGGGUCAAAUGAAGGGAGCUGGCAUCAACCCGAAUUUAGUUACAUAUAACACACUAAUACAUGGGUUUUGUAGUAUAGGAAAGUUGGAUAAAGCUUUGUGUUUGUUUGACAGAUUGAAGUCAAAUGGUCUAUCUCCAUCUUUGGUAACUUAUAAUGUUCUGAUUGGAGGAUAUUCUAACGCUGGAAACUGGGUGCGUGUCACUGAUAUUGUGAGGGAGAUGGAAGAGAGAGGCAUUUCUCCUUCUAAAGUUACAUAUACCAUUUUAAUUAAUGCCCAUGUUCGGUUAGAGGACAUGGAUAAAGCAUUUCAUUUUUAUUCCUCUAUGCAAAAGGUUGGUCUGGUUCCUGACGUCCAUACCUAUGGUGUGCUAUUACAUGGUUUGUGCAUGAAAGGUAAAAUGAAUGAAGCAUCGAAACUUUUUAGAUCAAUAGCUGAAAUAAAGUUGGAACCUAGUGACGUGAUGUACAAUACGAUGAUUAAUGGUUACUGCAAAGAAGGCAGCUCCUUUAGGGCCUUGAGAUUACUCGAAGAAAUGGAGGGUAAGGGAUUAGUUCCAAAUGUGGCUAGCUGUAGUUCUACUAUUGGAGUUCUGUGCAAAGAUGGUAAGUGGCAAGAGGCUGAGGUCCUACUAAACAAGAUGAUGGAAUUGGGAUUAAAGCCACCAAUUUACAUCUAUAACAUAAUCUCCGAAGCUAAAUAUGGUUUGGAGUUGAGGACUUGAAUUGAAACACUUGUGUUGGAUGUAGAAGAAACAACUGGAAAUGGGUAGGAAGAAAAUCAUCCAUCUUAUGACUUAUGUUGAUUGCCUAAAACUGUCACUACUAUUGUAUAUUCUAAGAGAUCCACAGGAAGAUUUAUGUAUUGCUUUCAAUUCUUGCACUUAUUUGAUAACUGCUUUGAUCCAUAUGUAAUUGAAGAUAUUCAGGUUGCUUGGUUUAUAUCCACAAGGGGCUACCUGUUAAGAUAUCUUUGGCUUUGGAACAUGGACUUUCUGAGAUUUUUUUCACCAUCUUACCAAUUAAAGAGUAGGUCGGGAUUUUGAAUAGAAUAAUGUCUUUCAGAUAUGUUCAUUAGGAAGAGGGACUGAUUGUUAAGGUGUUGAUGGAAAAUCUCUUUGUUAUCAAGUAAUGACUACCCAGAUUACAAGUUUGUAGUUUGUCUUUUCUCGAAUUGCUGCUUUAUAUUUCAUUCUGGAUCACAUUGUUUGAUAUGACAACAAAUUGUAGUAGGCUUUCACUCUUCCACUUGAAAACAAGAGCUUCUAAUUUGAACAAUGUAGCUAAGAUUAUUAUGUUAUACAUUGUUGUAUAUGCGUUUAUUAGAAAUGGAAAGGAACAAUAUUUCAUGUUGUAGGAGGACAAUCCCUUUCUUAUGCGAACCAUGUCAUUGAGGUUUAGAAGAAACCAAUUUUUUAUAUCCUUUGUCGUUAGUGCCUGUGCUGAGACGCAAAAUAUAUAAUGCUAGUUUGGUUUUGGCGUAGGUUGCAAUAUAACGGUUUAAUUUGGUUUAGAAUCUGAGAAAAAUAAGCCUGAGGAACUCGAAUAAAAACUAAAUUUGAUCAUAUAGGUGAAGAUUGCAACAAAAAUAUUAUGUAUAAUUAAAAUGUGAUAAAUACAUCUAUAUGUUGUUUUCUAAGUUGCAGGUUGGUUUAUCAAGAUGAAGCGAGUGCCCUCAUUUGACAAUGGAUAAUUCACUUUAAGUCCAAUUGGAACCAAAAGUCCUCAUAUAUUAAAGUCCAAGACCUGACUAAGGCUCAAACAAUUCCUAGUUAAGGGGUGAUCAGAAAUUAUCAAGGGACUAUCCGUACUGCCUCAGAUUUAUGGAAAUUGAUGAUCAGACUUAAGCUACCGUAGAGGGUUGCAGUGAGAUAACUGCUCUAGAGUUAGGCGUGCGUCAGCCAGAGUAUGACAGAUAUGGAAAGACUAGGGCUUGCCUAUUCUCCGCCCCUGCCACUAUGUAAGGGAAAGAUUAGGGUCUAUGCUCCUAACACUAUGGAUAUGUUAUAUUACAUGUAAGAGGAAGUAUUGAGAGCACCUAUAGUGAGUCGGGCACUAUUGGAAUCUGUAGAGGAUUACUGGUGACAGAUCCAUCUUGAUAUGAAUUGUUUGUGUUGUGAUGCAUUCGUACAGUCAUAUAUUUUCUUAAACUGCUUUUAUUUACAUUUCUGCCCACUAGUCUCUUGUACAUUAUCCCUUCCCCUUAACUCCAGGUUUGCAGUAUCAGAGUUAGUUCGUGAGGCCGGCUGAGUUGUUGGUAUAGUCCGUUGUAAUAGUAUAGCUGUGAACAUGUAUUAAAUUGUGGAUUACAAUUGUGUUUUGCCCGAACUUUCUUUAUAAUCUCUGAUUUAUAAUCUUUUUAUGUAAAAGUUUUUAAGUAUAAGUUAUAUUUGAACCAACCUUGAGACAUGUAAUGUUGACCAUACAUAUGUUUUAUGUUUUCAAUUAUGAUGCAUGCACAAAUUGAAUUUUGGUUAAUGAGAUGAAAAUGUUUUUUUUUUGUUUGUGUGGUUUUAUAUGAGAUUAUAUAAGGUGUAACAAAAUAUAUAGUAGGUUUGUUACGGUCUCUAGCGAUUUUAAGUUGAUCUGAACUCUAGCAUCGGUAGCAGUCAGAUUGCUGGGGUCAUUACAAUCUUGUGGUGGAAUACAUUGAGCCUGUGUCAAGUCAUCAAUUGUUCCAAGAAAGAGGUGCAGUAUUAUCUGGAAACAGGAACCUUGAAGCGGAAAUAAAGAGCAACAGAGAAUUCUGAAGCGAACUUUAAUACGCCGGAGAGUUCUGGGAGUAGUAACAAGAAGGCUAUCAAGAGUAGAAAGCGUCCUGAAAUGAAGUUUGAUAAUUUGAAUGUGCCUGCUAGGAUCAAAUGUAUUCUUAAAGGUGCAAAUGAAGAUGCUUAGACUCCCUUCAUUGGAGGCGAAAAGGUGACUGAAUAUGAUAAACAAAACUGGGAAUUUGGGAUGCUGCGUUUUCAUCACCAACAGCAAGAAGCAAUGGUGAAACAAUGAUUUGAAGCUUUUCAGAAUGAGCUUCAGAAUCCAGCCCCCUGAAUCAUCAAAUGUAGCUCGCACAGGCCAAACGCGUAGGCAUUAUCUUCGUUCAAUGAAUAUUACCUGGUGUCUUGCUUUUGACAGGAUAUGAUAUGAUCUUUAUACUGGACCAUCCUGUUAUAUGGACGACGAGAUAUAGUCUUACAACCAAUAUUUCUUGAAAUUGAUUAAUGGGGUUUAACACAUUAAUAUUGCAGUUUGAGAUGUUCAAGUUUGUAUUCGAUCAAAACCAACUGUAUAUAAAUAUACAUAUGUAUAAAUCUUUUCUGGAACCGGACCACUGGCUGGAUAGGGUUAAUAUGGUUGAAUGUAUAUUUGUUGGGGGACCGGAUAAACUUGAAAGUUCAUUUACCGAUGUUUCUUGUU